CGGACUAUACCGAACCACCACUAAGGAUGCCUCCCAAACGAGCGCUCGCGGACGACGUCCAACCUAAUUCUCACCCAUCCCCUAGCUCCUCCAAGGCUCCUGCUUUUGCCAAUGCUUCAGGCGCUCCGGAACGGAGACCCAUGGAACACGACGGGGAGGAGGGAGACGAAGAGGGAAUGGGCGAGUUUGAAGAUGCGUGGGAGGAUGAAGAGGACGAUGAGGACGGAGAGGUUGUAGAUGCUGCUGAGGGUGAGGACGACGAGGACGCAGAAGAUGAAGAUGCGAUGGAGGUGGACGGCCCCCCUGAGGAUGAGGAUGAACCCCCUGGAGACCUUGACACUUAUCUUCCCACUCGAGCGCUUGAGAAGGACGAGAUACUCGAACCCGACCAGUCCGUGUACGAGAUGCUGCAUCGGAUGAACGUAACCUGGCCGUGUCUGUCAUUCGACGUGCUGAACGACGGACUCGGGAAUGAGCGGGCGAGUUAUCCCCAGACGGUAUACUUGGUGGCAGGGACACAAGCGGACACAGCGAGGAAUAAUGAACUUAUGGUCAUGCGUAUGAGCAGCUUACAUAGAACCCAAAGAGACCAAGACGAUUCCGACGAAGAGGAUGACAAUGACGACGUCGAUGAAGACGCUGUGCUAGAAUAUCGUUCCAUUCCUCAUAUGGGUGGUGUGAACCGUGUUCGUGCCCAGCCCCUGCCGCACGACUCCGCACUUCCACCUGUAGGCACGCCCUAUUUUGUUUCCACUUGGUCCGAAACGGGAAAAGUGCACAUAUUCGACGUCCGCCCCUAUAUCCACGCUUUGGACGAGCCGGGAUAUGUCCCCGACAAGAGUGUCGCCAGCAAGCCCGUGUACACCAAUGGGGUGCACAAGAUCGAGGGCUUUGCUAUGGACUGGUCGCCUCUACCCGAACAGGGUCCACCGCGGUUGUUGACAGGAGACAUGCAUAGCAAGAUAUUCCUCACCACAACCACUCCAUCCGGAUUUGCGACUGGGGCGAACGCGUUCACAAGUCACACGAGCAGCGUCGAAGACCUACAGUGGAGUCCUGGUGAAACGACGGUGUUCGCGAGCUGCUCCGCGGACAGGACAGUCCGCUUAUGGGAUGUGCGGGUGAAGAACCGCCAGAGUGUGCUCUGUGUUGACAAUGCGCAUGAGGGGGACGUGAAUGUCAUUAGCUGGAACAGGGGUUCGCAGUAUCUGCUUGCAAGUGGAGGAGAUGAGGGAGGAAUCAAAGUGUGGGAUCUGAGGAAUAUGAAGAGCAAAACUUCCAUCCCUUCCCCGGUGGCCUCCUACACUUGGCACACUGCGCCUAUCACCUCCCUCGAAUGGCACCCUACCGAGGAUAGUAUCUUCGCCGCCUCAGGAGCGGACGAUCAAGUCACGCUCUGGGAUCUCUCAGUCGAGCAGGAUGAUGAUGAGGCUGCUGGCGUUGCCGGAGAAGGGCUGAAAGACGUGCCCCCGCAGUUGCUUUUCGUUCACCAGGGUCAGAGGGACAUAAAAGAAGUCCAUUGGUGUCGCCAGGUACCUGGGGCGGUGGUCAGCACCGCAAGUGAUGGGUUCAACGUGUUCAAGACGAUCUCGGUUUAGGCUGGUAGACGUAGUUCCUUUUGGCGCCCAGCCGAUGUGGACCGGCGGAGGGGCGGGUGAGCGGCUGCCGGUAGCCGUCGUGCAGGGGCUCAGGGAGGGUGGAGGACGCUUACGCAGAACUCCACAUCAACCGUAAC